CGUGUUUUAGUAUUCAUACUACGUAACUUACUCGUUUCAAGUUAGUAUUUCCCAAAGCACUGCGCCGAGCGCACGCCAUGAUGAAGUGUUUAAUAGUUUUUAUAUUUACCGUUGCGACAUGUCACGCCGAAAUAGAAUUCAGUGGAAGAGUGAGAAACUUUAGUUUAGAACUUUUACAUUAUACACAACUGGAAACGGAAGGGCAUGUUGUUAUAUCGCCCUUCGGUAUAUGGAGUUUGAUGACUGGCGUCGCCCUUGGAGCGACCGGCAAGAGUAAAGCUCAACUUGAAAGGGCAUUUUUACUACCUGGCAAUCAGAUAUCUAUUAUAAAUGGUUACCAAAAUUUGACAAAGACAGUGCUCGAUCCGAGAACACAGGGAGUUCAAUUAGCAAGUAAGAAUUUCGUUUUCAAGGACAAAGGAUUCCAUAUGUUGGCAGAUUUUAAGAAGACGUUAACAUCUGACUUUGGGGCAAAGAUAGUCGAAUUAGAUUUUAAAGAUUCGACCACAGCAGCACGCAUCGCCAACACCGCUAUUGAAGACUCCGGAGCGACAGUUUCAAAUGUACUAAGAUCAGAUGAUUUUGGGACAGCGAGAAUGAUUUUGACAAACGUGAUAUCUUUUAAAGGACUUUGGUCUUCGCCUUUUAACGUUUCAGAUACAAAUAUCGAACCGUUUUACGAUGAAAAUAAAAAACAAAUCGGCCAAGUUAAAAUGAUGUAUCAAAGAGCGAUGUUUCCUUUUUCCAAUAUUCAAUCACUGAACGCUACCGUUAUGCAAUUGCCCUAUGGGGAUGAUAAUAAGUAUAGCAUGCUAAUUAUCUUGCCAUAUCCAAAAAUAAAGGUUACUGAAGUGUACAAAAAGUUUACUAUAAUACCAAUGAACGAUAUACUCAACAGACUUGAGAAUGACACCAAAGAGUACGGGAUGGAGGACGUCGAUCUGAAAAUACCACGAUUCAAAAUCAGCACUAACGUCGUUCUCAACAAACCCUUAAACAAUAUGGGUGUAUUCGAUAUAUUUAGUCCUAAAUUAGCAAGCUUCGAAAAGAUUACAAAAGAGGAAAUAUUUAUCUCUGCUAUUGUACACAAGGCAGACAUAGAGGUAACGGAAUCAGGUACCGUUGCUUCUGCAGCUACUUCAGCGUACAUCAUCGAUCGUAUAUCAACUCCAGUCUUCGAAGCAAAUCGACCAUUCAUCUAUUUUGUUAUGGAAAAAGAAUCGUCUACUGCAAUCUUUAGUGGAAUUUAUUCCAAGCCGAGCGUUUUUUAAAGUGUUUUAUUGUGAUUAAUAUUUAAAAAAUGCAUGAAUCAAAAUAAAUGUGUGUUAAUGAA